AUGGAAGAGAUGACUCAUAACUCUACAGAAUAUGAAGCAUUGAUCUUAGGUCUGAAGGCACUCUUAGCUAAAGGGGCACAGACGGUCAUGAUUUGCGGAGAUUCUCAAUUGGUCAUCAAUCGAGUGUUUAGACGGUACGCUUGUAAUUAUCCUUAUUUACGUCAAUAUAGAGAUUUGGUAUAUCGCCUGUUAGAUAAAAUUGCGGAGGUGGUUAUUAAGCAUGUACUGAGAACAGAGAAUCGACAAGCCGAUAAUUUGGCUCAAAAUGCGUAUCAACAAAUAAUUGUUGGUAACGUUGAUACGAUAACCGAUUGGAGGACAGAAAUUAUGGUUUAUCUAGAAUCACCAAAUUCUGCGACUCCUAUGGGUAUUCGAUUGAAAGCAUUACGCUUUCAACUUAUAGAAGGGGUUCUGUACAAAAGAACCUUCGAAGGGGUGUUAUUAAGAUGUUUGGGACCAGAAGAAUCCAUCAAAGUGAUGGAAGAAGUUCAUGGUGGAAUUUGUGGAGCACACCGAGAGUGCCAGAGACAUGGCCCGUUAAACCAUCUACCAGCAGUGGAACUCCAGAAGAUGAUUAAACCGUGGCCAUUCAAAGCCUGGGCGUUGGAUGUAAUAGGGAAAAACCAUCCGGCGUCAUCAAAGCAACAUUCUUUCAUCUUGGUAGCUACUGACUAUUUCACCAAAUGGGUAGAGGCAGUCCCUUUGAGGAAUGCGAUGCAAAAAGAAGUGAACGAGUUUGUGCUUAGUCACAUUAUGUAUCGGCUAAUGGAUUGGUUGAAGCGGCAAAUGAAAUUGUCAUCGGCAUCAUCGGGAAAUGGUGGAGGGAAAUCCAAGGAAAUGGCAUACCUUGCUGCCUCAGACAUUAUGGCCCACCGAAAUAGUAGGAAAACCUCUACUGGAUUUUCCCCCUACCAAUUGACGUUAGGGCAAGAUGUUGUACUUCCUGCCGAAUUUGUUGUAUCUUCACCUAGAGUAAUUAGUACAACGGUGAAUAAUGAUGAAGCGUAUGUGCAAGGGAUGCAGCGACAAUUGGAGGAAGUAGACACUGAUCGAUUGAAUACUCUGGAUCGAAUGGCCAAACAAAAUGAGAUAAGAGCUAAAUAUUAUGGAAAAAGAGUAUCUCCUAAGAGUUUUACAGAAGGAGAUUUGGUGUGGAAAACGAUUCUGCCUACAUAUAAGAAAAUAUAUCAGUUAGGGAAGUGGUCUCCCAGUUGGGAAGGUCCUUUCAUCAGUCACAGAGAAAUUGGAAAUGGAGCUUUUAUUAUUUUGAAUCAAGAAGGAAAAUUGAUACAUGAGAAUAUUAAUGCUAAGUAUCUGAAAAUGUACUUUUCUGCAUUUUCAGAACAUUGUCAUUGA